UCAGUCGAAUCGGGAGCGUGGCGAUGUUCGUUUUGCGGCAGUGCUCGUUGCGGCCGGAGUGGCAGUUGCUUGAAACAGGAGCUGCCAACUGAAUGUGUGAUUUCUGCGAAGGUUGGAUACUAGUGCCAGUGAGGGAAUGCGAAACGGCCAUAUCGAGUAAUGCAACCGAGAAGGCGUGCAGGCGUGCAGGCGAGAAGUGAGCGAAAGCUGAAGCCAGUUCAAAAGUUCAAAACACCAAAAAAAAAAAAAGUGUCAAGUGAAACAAACAAAUGAAGAAACACUUUGCGGCCGGGGUCGACAGCGUGUGUGGGCGUGCUGGGCAUGGGCAUGCUGCAUGUUCGAAUGGCCAACACAAAAAACAACAACAGAUAGUGCUUAAAAUUGCCUAAAAGGCCAGAGGACAACAAAAUAGAAUAGUUUCCAAAUAUAUUCCAUGAGAAGUGGCUAAAACAAUAAGCACCGGGCGCUUUAAAACUCUCUCCCUCACUCUCCAUCCCUCUCGGAAAACACAAACAAUGAAGCACGACAGUGGCAACAGUGGCAGAAACAUCAUCAACAACAGCAGGUCCACUCUUUGGGCCAUCAACAAGAGCAACAGAACCCACAAUGUUCUAUGGCUAUUACAAAAGUAACAAACAACAAAUAGCCAGCAACAACUAAGCCAAAAGUUCGCCAAAGCAUUUGAUGCUAGAACAACAACCACAGCAGCAGCAAUAGCAGCAAACACAGCGGCCACCACAUCAGCAUUGGCAACACUUUUACGAGUCGCCAACUACAUUUUACAACGAAUUUUUGUUAUUGCAAAAGGCUUGAGAAAGUAGUCUGAUAGGAAUCAGCUCAUCUUCUAGUAUGCCAUGGCAGCGGCAGCAGCCACAUCGACGCUGGAGGAUCGACCACACGACAUAGCCAGCGACAACAGCGCCCAGCACCGCACGCUGGCGACGAAGGUGCGCCGAAAAGAGUCGCGGCCCCUGCGGCGCCUGCAUCCGCCCAUACCGCUGGGGCAGCUCCUGUGGCUGCUGUGCUGUCUGAGCCAGCUGCGCGCCGAGUGCCCCUCGGUAUGCGAGUGCAAGUGGAAGAGCGGCAAGGAGUCCGUCUUGUGCCUUAAUGCCAACCUCACACAUAUCCCCGAGCCUCUCGACGCCGGAACACAGCUGCUCGACCUCAGUGGCAACGACAUUCAGUCCAUCCCCGACGACAGCUUCGCCGCUGCGCAGCUUCUCAACCUUCAGAAGGUCUACCUGGCCCGCUGCCGCCUGAGGCUUAUUGAGCGGCACGCGUUCCGUAAGCUCAUCAACCUUGUGGAGCUGGAUUUGAGUAAUAACCAGCUGGGGGCGAUCCCUUCGCUGGCCCUCUACCACGUUUCGGAGCUGAGGGAGCUGCGGCUGAAUGGAAACCCCAUCCUGCGUGUCCCGGACGACGCUUUUGCACACGUACCGCAGCUGGUGCGCCUGGAGAUGAGCGACUGCCGCCUGGUCUUCAUUGCGGUGCGAGCCUUUGCGGGCCUAGAGAGCAGUCUGGAGUGGCUGAAGCUGGAUGGCAACCGGCUGAGCGAGGUCAGGAGCGGCACCAUCACCUCGCUGUCCUCGCUGCAUGGCCUGGAGUUGGCCAGGAACGAAUGGAACUGCAGUUGCUCCCUUCGUCCGCUUAGGGCCUGGAUGCUGCAGCAGAACAUACCGAGCGGGAUACCACCCACCUGCGAGUCUCCCACCCGACUGACUGGCCGCGCCUGGGACAAACUGGACGUGGACGAUUUUGCCUGCGUUCCGCAGAUCGUGGCCACAGACACGACGGCGCACGGCGUGGAGGGACGCAAUGUCACCAUGAGCUGCUACGUGGAAGGGGUGCCCCAGCCGGCUGUGAGAUGGCUGCUCAAGAACCGCCUGAUAGCCAACCUCAGUGCCGGUGGCGAGGACUCCGACGAGCCGCGCACGGCGGCGGCCACACAGGGUCGCAAGACCUAUGUCGUCAACAUGCUGAGGAACGCCUCGAACCUGACGAUACUAACGGCGGACAUGCAGGAUGCUGGGAUCUACACGUGCGCGGCGGAGAACAAGGCCGGAAAGGUCGAAGCCAGCGUGACUCUGGCCGUAUCUAGACGGCCUCCGGAAGCUCCCUGGGGUGUUCGGAUUGUUCUGCUGGGCGUCGUAGCCGCCCUACUGUUUGUGGUUGGCUCCUCGUUUGCCGCCAUCUGCCUCUGCUCUCUGAGGAGGCGGCGGAAACUGCGGCUCUGGAACUCCGUUCCCCCCGUAAGACGCAGCGAGAGUUAUGAGAAGAUCGAAAUGACGGCCCGGGUGCGACCGGACCUGGGCGGAGGCGCCAGCUGUGGCGGUGGCAGCGCCAAUGGGGCCGGUCUGUUCCAGGAUGCCGAGGAGCACGGCUAUCUCCGGGCCGCCCACACACCCCUCAACGACAACGAUGCGGGCCAGGCGGCCAUUGUGAAUCCCAGUGCGGGUAGCGCCCAGCGCCGCAAUGGCGAUUAUCUACAUGUGUCCACCCACUGCGACGACGAGGAGGAGGACCAGCAGCAACAGCAGCAGCAGCAGCAGCAGCAGCAGCCGUCGCGAAAGACUUCUAUGGGAGGCGACUCGACAAAGCGACAGGCAGGCAAUGUUGUCUCCGCAUCCGCAUCCUCUACGAAUAAUUCAGUGGCAGUGGCGCUGGAGGAAACGGAUCUGCACAUCCCGCGCCUGAUUGACAUCGGCGGCACUGAUUCCGCAUCCAGUUCCAUCUCCAGUCAAGUGGAUGCUGCUGCUCGCCUGGCGGGCUAUGGAGGACAUGCAGUUACGUGGAAGACAACGCCCAUAGCCACCACCAAGAUCACUUCGCCGCACAGUAAGCCCCCGACGACGACCAUACUAACCCAACCUACUCAGGGUGCGACCUGCUCAGCCACGCCCUUCUCCCGCUACGGCAACCACCCGGCGGAUGAGAUGGCCACGUCCGUUUUUUGCAGCAGCAACGGCGACGGCCCGGAUAACGAUCUCUUCGACAGCAACUAUCCGGAUCUUCUGGACAUAGCCAAGUAUGCGGUGGCUCAGGCACAUCAGCAGCAGCAGCAUCAGCAGCAAGGACAUGUAUAUUCGCAGGGGAUGCCGGCACCCAACGGGGGGCUGUGCACGCUACCCCGGAAGCUAAAGACGAGUGGAAAGUACUUCCGAAACUCUUCAGACAGUCAGUCGCCCCUGUUGGCCGACAACUCCAGCAAGUAUGGCAGCAGUACCCUCGGAGAUGGAAGCUUUCUGAACGAAGCCAUGGGCCUGGGAAGGCGCUACUCGGCCGAGUCCAGUUAUGCCAACUAUGCCAGCACGACAACCUACACUGGCGGUGGCCAGAGAGCCAACAGUUUUCUCAAUCUGGUCCAGAGCGGAGCGCACAAGGGUGGGCCCCAUAACAUCGGACACAAGCCCAGUCUGCCAUGCAGUCCAGUGCAGCAUCAGCGCUCGUUAAGCAGUGCGGCCACGCCCCUGCUGGACUUCUCUGCACUGGCCAACAGAGCUGCGGGGGCAGCCAACUCGUCGGUGGCCGCCUACGACUAUCACGCAGCCCAGCUCGAGCGGUUCCUGGAGGAGUACCGCAACCUGCAGGAUCAGCUCUGCAAGAUGAAGGAGACCUGCGACACCAUCCGGAAGAAGGAGACGCCCCUGAGGGUGGCCGUUGGCCAGUCGGCCGCCCAGCUGGCCGAUCCGGUGAUGUACAGCGCAGCUACUGCCUCGCACAGCCCCAAGACCCCAGCAGCCUCCAACCUGAAGUCGAAGACUCUGCUGCCGGGACAGCCCCCAGAUCCGCCGCCCUACUGGCUUCACCGCAAUGCCAUGCUCAAGCGACUGAACGGCGACGGCAGUGGGACUACGAAUGCGUCUGGCGUCGGGCCCUCAUCCCCCCAGCCCGGGCAGGAUAUUUUCAAGAGCUAAUCGAACCCGUGUACAGAUGGAUGGAUGAAUGAAGAUCAUGGCAGAUAUUGAGAGUCCUUGGCUAGCCAGAGAGGGCUAUUAUGACAAGCAAAUCGGCCAGCAUCAGGGUAGCCUGCAAGGUAAUGCCACCACUCUGAUUGCAUUUGUCUGCAUAGGUAGUUAGGAUUAGGUAGCUGGAGGACAUCCAACUGGUUCGAUGCCCAGCCCCCCUCUGUUGUAUUAUAGACACACUUUUCCACUCUUUAUACUCGCUAAUACGCAAUAUUAAACGGAAUCCCAUGACGAGGAGAAAUCAGACAAUGUAAGUGUAUAGUAUAGUAAUCCCUUAGAAAAAAAACAGUAUCUCGAAAAUCCUUAUCGGAACCUAAUCCUUGAACCCCUCCCUAAGCGCUCUCGUGUUAGUCUAACUAAAAGUGUUUUUGUACUUUAAGCGAUCUCAAUAUAGAAGAAGGAUAAUGUAGUUGACCUUGGAUACUGUAAGUUCAUUUGAGUUGGCACAGACUGCAGGAAUUAAUGGAUGAAUUCAAUGAUUGAUUGACGUACUCGUAUUGUUUAAUUGUUAGAUGGUUUUAUUUUUAGGUACGAAACUCAAAUUAAAGUUAGACAUUAAACUGAACUUUUAAGCCAAUUAACAAUCGACAAACGAAAAAUCUACACACUAAAUUCAGUCGAAUGACAAAUUGUAAUUUACAACCGUAACAAAAACAUAUUUUAGGGUGUCACCAAACUAAAAAACUCAAAACCAUUUCACCCAAAACAAAGCAAAACGAAAACGA